AUGGAAUCAAAUUCGGCAAGUAAUGAUAUACGUAAAAUGAUAGAUACACUUGUGGCCGGAUACCUUGGCAGACAAAAAUAUUGGGAAUCGUUGAAAUGUUUAAUGAAUGAAUCGUCGAUUCUGCAUGCUGCACAAUGUGGAGGGAUGUCGAUUGUUUUAAGUGAUACUGUGCACGGAAAACAUCUGGAAGAAAUCAUCAUUUUAUUCAGUGAAUAUGGUAAUUUUGGUCUAAAUCCUGGCUUGCUUGACUUUGGAGUCAGGCUACGUUCGCUUGCAAACGAAUUUACGUCACUGACAAAUGUCGGUGCGCAUUGCUCUGAUGCACAGAAAUUGCUUUAUGGCAAACAUUCAACACCGUCGCGGAAUUAUUCACAGCAAUGUUUAUCAGUAAUGACGAGAGAGCUGAAUGUUUGUGAAACAAAUCAGAAUAUGUUGCCUGCCGCUAAUGCCGAUUCGACAACAAGUAUUUCCAGUCAACAUAGUAAUGGAUCUACUUCUAUGAGAAGGAAAUGUGCCCAACCAGUGAGCAUAAAUACCAGACGACGGGAAUUCAUGAAAGAAGUAGUUGAGCCAGUUGUGCAUACAGCCCAGCAAAUUAUUGACAAUGGCAGUGGCAAUAUCACCGACCCCAAUUCAUCGCUUUCCGCGUUAUCAAUGAUUACAAUUGAUGAAAAUGCUGUUGGCACGUUGGAUCGAUGUAUGGCACAUGAAAAUUUCGCUGAACUUAUCGAAAGCAUUGAACGAGAUUUUCCGGACGGAUUUUUCGAUUCUUUUCCGAAUUCGGAUAAUACGGAGAGCUUUAAUGAAGCAGUUUUUGAUGUCGUAUCAUCGCAGUCCAACGAAACUCAACAGGAACAGCCAAGACACAAUGAUAGCCAAAAUCUGUAUAACAUUCCGCAUUCAGUGGUAGUUGAAGAGUCAAAACCAUUGUACUUUUCCACACCGACCAAGUUCAAAAUUCAGGAAAAGUCUUUCUCAAUGCCAGGAACCUCCAAUUUGAAAGCAUCAUCAACUUCGAAAAAUGAAUCUCAUUGUCUGCGAUCGAAAGUUAUGCGAAAGAAGCCGGUGGUUGCUGAAAGCGCGAUAUUCAAAGAUCGGAUCGAAAUAGAGUGUCCGUAUCUACCGCUUGAGGAAACUAAAAAAAAAGUUGAUAGUUCUGGGCGAGAUUUAUUUUUUUCUCCAACAAAUGUCACGAAAUCCUAUGACGAUUCUUUUGGCAAAGCAAAAGUGGACCGUUUAGAAAUAUCUGCAGGCUGGAGGAAACUUGCCGAAUUGUGUGAUGAGUCAAAUAGAAAAGUUGCAGAAAGUGAGGAAUGGAAGGCAGCGCAGAAAAGCAACAGUGCAGAAACGUGUCAGCCGACAAACAAAAAGAUAAAAGAUAAAGAAACUAAAUAUCCAUCAUCAUCUUCUACUGAUUUAGAAACGAGGAAGAAAGUUCGGAAUGAACUCUGUUUACCCUUACCUGUUAAUAAUAAUAUUGAUGUUGCCGAUCAACAGGUAGAAAAAAGUGUGAGUGAUAAAGGAAAUGUCAACACAAAAUUCACUUCGAAAUCAUCCAUCGAACGAGAAAUCGAGCUACUAUUUGAAAGUUCAGACGACCGAAAUUGCGGAGAAACUCAAAAGGCUGAUGAAUGGAAAAGCUCAGAUUCUACCCGUGCUGCAUCAACAAGGGAAAACAGAAAAGGAUCGGAAGAUAGGGAUGAGAUUUCCAGAGAUAAAGGUUCAACUGUUGGAUACUGUCAAUCUCAGACUUCUGCAAUAUUUGUUACAAACAAAAAAAAAAGAAAAUACCAGAAACAGAAGUCACUAGGUGGUGACUUUGCUUGUGAUUCGAAAAUUUUUGUUGCUAAGAAAAAGCAAUUAGAAGAAUUAUGUGUUAGUUCACCAACACGAGAUACUGACCAACAAGGUGAUAGUUCUCUUGCUAGGAGUAGUCCUUUAUGUAAAUCUUCAGAACAAUGCAAAAAACAGGAAAAAUUUAAAAGGCUUGAAGAAGAUCGAGAGGAAACACGAGCAAAUGCAGAAAGGAGAAAAAAGGAGAAGGAGUUUUUGAUGAAAAAGGAAAGAGAGGAAAUCGAAAGGCAGAAACGUGAGGUAGAAGAAAAGGAGCAAAAAAGAGCAGCUGAAAGAGAGCGAAAAAGAAGGGAGGAGGAAGAGCGUGAAGCACGUGAGAAAGAACAACGUGAGAAGAAACGCAAAGAACGUGCGGAUCGUGAGAAAUUGAAGAGGAUGAAAGAAAAGGAAGAUAAGCUGAUUAGCCGUUCCAACUUAAGAAAGCAACGAGAACAAUGUAAGGAUGGAAAAUCAAAAAAAGAGCUAAGAAGCAAUUUACAUCUCGAAUCUAAAAGUGAUGAAGCGAAUGAAGAAACAAGCAUUUUAGAUAGACUAUUUGGAGAUGAUGAUGGUUUGAAGCCUGUAACAAAGAAUUUGGAUAAAGGAGAGGCGAAAAGAAUGUCUGAAGAAAAUCGUGCGAAACCCUCAUUCACUCGGAAAACUGUCGGGAAAAUGAAGGUCGUAAAGGAACAUUGUCGUGCAAAGAGAGGAAAAUUAGAGCAUGUUAUUGAUAUUAAGGCAAUAAAAAACGCAAAGGAAAGUGGUUCAAAUCGACCGGAUGCGUUAGAUGACCUUUUCAAUUGCCUUGCUGCAAAGCCAGGUACGUCGCGAAAGGAUGAAACAGAUAUCGUGGAGAGUAAAUUAUACAAAAAGGUAGUGUCAGGAGUCAACAAAGGGAGGGAAAAUUUGCUGGUUGGGGGUGGACACUCAGCCAGAGUUGGGAUGGUAUUAGAGAAGGCAACACGCAUACGGACAAAGUAUGAACAUGAGGAAAAACUAAAACAAGAGUACCGCAAAGUGGAAGGUAUGCGACGUGAAAUCGCUUCAUCUUCGGAGCACAACAUUCGUAAAAGGAUUCUGGAUUUACCGAUUCCAAAAACGCCUGAUCUUUUAUCGCAGUUACUGAAACCUGAUAUGUCAAUGCAUAAUAAUUCAGUACGGCGGAGUGUGUCAGCGAAAAAUAUCAGUAACUGUUCAGAAGCAUAUCCAAUGACAGUUGCUUCAUCAAAAAUUGCAGUGUCGUCAAAAUCGACAACAGCUGUUUGCUGCUCUUUUUCCGGCUCAAGUGAAUCAAAAUCGCUACAUCACAAUGAAUUAUCCAGUAUUGAUUCUCCAAGCAUCCAAGUGAAAAAGCCUCGACUAGAUAUGACAGCCAUCGAUGCUGUAUUGCAAACUUCUGUUUCUGGACUAGAACCGAUAUUGACAUAA